GGGUAUUCGUAACACCGAUUCUAUCUACUCCCAAACCCGUGCUUACAGCCACGACCCACGCAAUGGAAUUUUGGUCCUUCCGUUUCUUUCGCCUCUUGUUUAUGAGUCUAGUGGCUUUUGCUUCCAUGGCUUGCGUUUCCACUUCUCUCGCGAUCUAUGAUUCCUUCACCCCAAAAGCAAACAUCAUCGUAGUGACAUUUGUCCCGGGAAUGUGCUUCCUGCUGGCCACAACGGCUAUAACCGCAAAAUAUCUUUUCACGAGCAUCGUUCCCAGGAUCCUUGUAGUUGAAUGUGCGUGGUGUGUUUGUAUGUUGCCGUUUAUACUAGUCUCCGCCCUCGUUUGCUCGGGCCUAAGAGAUUCAUUCCGUGGCCAAGCCGGCCACGUUCCCUUUGAGGUUAUCCACGCGCUAUGUUGGGUGCUCACCGGCCUCUUGACAACUUACGCAUCCAUGGUCAUUACUUCAGCAUUUUUCACCGCCUUCCUCGUCGACGAAGCUGUCUGGUAUCGCGACAUGUCCGCCCGUCCAGGCCCACUUCCAUUCGCUGUUAUCUGGCACAAGCUCCAUAAUCGUACCGAGGACAUAGCGCACCACUGUCUUCUGGGCUGUAGUUGUUCUGAGAAGAUAUCACCCAUCGCGCCAGAACAUGCAGCGGCUCUACCUGCGUUGGGUCCUUGGGGUAUGAUGAACCGGACAACAUCAGAACUGCAGCUUCCGAAGAGUGGAAGCAUUCCUGUGUUGAUGCCCACGGCAAUGGAGUGUCAGAGUCAUAUCAGGAUAGGCUUUCAGGUUUGA